UCUAACCCUCUCAUCCUCUCUUAUCUCAAAUCGAGAGCAAGCGUCUCCGUUGGAAACCCUAGAAGUCGCGGCCUUCUUCGAUUCGCCGACAACCCUCGUCCCUAUUUAGAUCAAACCCUAAAGGCAUUUUCAAAUUUCUAGUUCCACCGCUAUGGCAAUGGAGAUUACUCAACUCCUAUUAUCUGCCCAGUCUCCUGAUGGGCAGAUUCGAGCAUCUGCAGAAGGCACCCUCAAGCAGUUUCAGGAGCAGAAUCUUCCCCAUUUCCUGUUCUCUUUGUCCGUGGAGCUAUCAAAUGAUCAGAAACCUCCUGAAUCUCGAAGGCUUGCUGGUCUCAUCCUUAAAAACUCUUUGGAUGCAAAGGACUCUGUUAGAAAAGAAGAGCUAGCCCAGAGGUGGGUUAGUGUUGAUUCUUCAGUCAAAGCUCAAAUCAAGGAAUCUCUAUUGCUGACCCUCGGGUCAUCUAUUCCUGAGGCAAGGCACACCUCAUCACAAGUGGUUGCCAAAGUUGCAUCCAUUGAGAUACCUCGACGGGAGUGGCAAAACCUUAUUGAGCGAUUACUAACCAACAUGAAUCAGCAGGGUGCACCGGAAUCCCUAAAACAAGCAAGCUUGGAGACGCUGGGGUAUGUUUGUGAGGAAGUUUCCUAUAAGGAUUUGGAGCAAGAUCAAGUGAAUGCCGUUCUCACUGCUGUGGCCCAGGGCAUGACUCAGCCAGCUCACAGCUUUGAAGUCCGCUUGGCUGCUGUUAGAUCACUAUAUAAUGCUCUGGAGUUUGCUCAAAGUAACUUUGAAAAUGAGAUGGAGAGGAGUUAUAUCAUGAAGGUUGUGUGUGAAGCUGCCGUAGCAAAAGAGGUUGAAAUUAGACAAGCAGCUUUUGAGUGCCUGGUUUCCAUAUCUUCUAUGUAUUAUGAGGUUCUAGAGCCUUAUAUGGACACUCUUUUUAAUUUGACAGCAAAUGCUGUGAAAGUAGAUGAGGAGCCUGUUGCUCUUCAAGCUCUUGAGUUCUGGAGCUCCAUUUGUGAUGAAGAGAUUGAAAUUCAGGAAGAAUAUGGCGGAGCUGAUGCUGGGAGCUCUGUAGCAGCACAUUCAUGUUUCAUUGAAAAGGCUCUUCCUUUGCUUGGCCCGAUGUUGUUAGAAACAUUGCUGAAACAAGAGGAAGAUCAGGACCAAGAUGAUGGAGCUUGGAACUUGUCUAUGGCUGGUGGAACCUGUCUUGGACUCGUCGCAAGGACUGUUGGUGAUAAAAUUGUGCCCCUUGUGAUGCCUUUUGUGGAGAACAACAUAACAAAGCCUGAAUGGAGGAAUCGUGAAGCUGCAACAUUUGCAUUUGGAUCCAUUCUUGAAGGUCCUUCUAUUGAAAAGCUUGCCCCGCUUGUUCAUACUGGACUUGGGUUUCUUCUCAAUGCUAUGAAAGAUCAAAACAGCCAUGUCAAGGAUACGACAGCCUGGACUCUAAGCAGGAUAUUUGAGAUCUUGCAUUGUUCAAACAGCUCUCAUCCUGUGAUAACAGCGGAGAAGCUUCCACAUAUCAUAUCGGUACUGUUGGAGAGUAUUACUGAUGCUCCUAAUGUAGCUGAGAAAGUUUGUGGGGCCGUUUAUUUUUUGGCUCAGGGGUAUGAGGAUGCAGAGCUAGAUUCCUCAAUGCUUACGCCUUACCUUACCAAUAUUAUUGCCGCUCUGCUUUCAACAGCUGAUCGUACAGAUACCUAUAGCCCCAGGCUUCGGACAUCUGCCUACGAGACCUUGAAUGAGAUUGUCAGGUGCAGCAAAAUACCUGAGACAUCAAAUAUUAUAGGACAGCUACUCCUUGAAGUGAUGACCAGACUUGGCAAAACAGUAGAUCUUCAAAUUUUGUCUUCAGAUGACAGAGAGAAGCAAAGUGAUCUUCAGGCAUCGCUGUGUGGUGUUCUUCAGGUGAUAAUUCAGAAGUUGAGUGGUAAUGAAGAAACCAAAGCCAUAAUACUACAGGCUGCUGAUCGCAUUAUGGUUUUGUUUCUCCAAGUUUUUGCCUGCCGUAGUUCCACUGUUCAUGAAGAAGCAAUGCUUGCAAUUGGAGCCCUUGCUUAUGCUACCGGUGAGGAAUUUGCUAAGUACAUGCCUGAUUUCUGUAAGUACCUAGAUAUGGGUCUGCAGAACUUCGAGGAAUAUCAAGUCUGCUCUGUCUCAGUUGGUGUUGUUGGAGACAUCUUCCGUGCUCUGGAAGACAAAGUUCUUCCUUUCUGUGAUGGUAUAAUGACUAAUCUUCUCAAAGACCUUUCCAAUCCCAUGCUUCAUCGCUCUGUGAAACCUGCUAUUUUAUCUUGCUUUGGGGACAUUGCUCUUGCAAUUGGGGAGAAUUUUGAAAAGUAUCUUACAUAUGUAAUGCCCAUGCUACAAGGAGCUGCGGAGCACUGUGUUACACAUGAUGCUUACGAUGAAGAUAUUGUUGAGUACAGUAAUCAGCUCAGACGUGGAAUCUUUGAGGCUUACUCUGGUAUACUUCAGGGAUUCAAAAGUUCAAAGGCUCAGCUCAUGGAACCCUAUGCGAACUAUCUUUUGCAGUUUACAGAAGCUGUUUUCACAGAUAAAAAUAGGGAUGAGGGAGUCACAAAAGCUGCAGUUGCUGUAAUUGGGGAUCUUGCUGAUGCUCUUGGACCAAACACUAAGAUUUUAUUCAAGGACCGCACGUUCCACAUGGAGUUGUUGGGUGAGUGUCUUCAGUCCGAUGAUGAUCAGUUGAAGGAGACGGCAACUUGGACUCAGGGGAUGAUUGGUCGUGUCUUGGUUUCAUGAAGUGAAAGCACCGUCAGCCGGGUUUUGGUUUCAUGAGGUGAAACCACUCUUGCAAGAAAAAGAAAAUGUAGGUUGUUGUUACGGUGUCGUGUUGUUUUUCUUUUCUUUAAAGCACUCAAAAGAUCAGAUGUCUUCAAUUAGUCAAGCGUAGGUACUUUUGUUAGUCCAACAUUCUUUUUCUGUUUUCAUGGGUUCUGUUAUAUUGGUGACAUUGGCGUCUUUGGUUCUUGAAAAAGUAAUUCAAUGUCCUAAUUGUCUUUAA